AUGGGCAAUGAAAGCUCGAGACUCGUUGAAGAGGACGGACUUCGUCACGACAGUAGCGACGAGGACGCACCUGAAGGCGGCAAGCACUGUGGCUUUCGCAUUUUGGGCAUCCAAGAGCAGUCGCCUGCGUCCGCAGUCGGCUUCGUGAGCUUCUUCGACUUUAUCGUCGAGGCCAACGGUAUCCGACUCGACACUCGAGAUGCAACGCUCAUGGAGCUCCUCGCCCAGAGUGAAGACCGUCCGAUUCAGCUGCGAGUGCUCAACGCCAAGACGCAGACCACGAGAGAGCUGCAAUUGACGCCGAGUCGCAAGUGGCCGGGCAAAGGGCUGAUCGGCGUGACCAUCCGCUUUGACUCGUACGAAGGCGUGGAAGACCAGCUCGUGCAUGUGCUGAACGUAGCUGCAUCGUCACCGGCUGAGCGUGCAGGACUCCGAGCAGGGUCCGACUAUCUGCUGGGUACACCCGACCGCGUCUUUACGGAUGCGGAGGAUCUCCAUGACGCGAUCAUCGACGCGCUCGACAGGUCCUUACAGUGCUACGUGUACAAUGCCGUCGACGAUCAAGUUCGCAUCGUGUCCAUCGAGCUGACAGAGGGCUGGGGAGGUGACGGUUUGCUUGGUGCUGAGGUCGGUCAUGGCUACCUGCAUCGACUACCGUCCGUUUGCCGGAACACGAUUGGCUCGUCAGUGGGUUUUGUCGAUCUCCCGAAAGGCGUCAAGGCUGCGACAGAUGCGUUCUUGAAGCCGCACCAACUCCGGGGCAAAUCUCAAGGCAACGAUGAAGUUCACGAAAAACCAGCAGCACAGGAGUCCAAACUGACUUUGACGUCACACGAGAAUCGCCAAGCACAGUCUCCGACGUGCGAGACCAUUCAGCAGGCAGUAGCUGAGCAGCCUAUCCGAGAAAGCGAUGAAGCAGAAUCGGUGGCAGCAUCAAGUAGCGAUGCAAAGAUCUUCUCGCCAACAGAGUCUCGAUAUACGGCGGCGCGUACAGAUCUUCAGUUUCCUAUCUCGACUGUCGCCGUGUUUGCUGAACCGUAA